CCUGUGAGGAGGUGGCUCCUCCUCUCCAGCAGAGCUUCGUGAUCCCCAAAAAGGAGAUAAAUAUGGUUUCUGACAUGGCCAAGUGGAAGCGCUCUCAGGCAUACGCAGAUUACAUGGGCUUCAUCCUCACUCUGAAUGAAGGUGUCAGGGGCAAGAAGCUGACCUGCGAAUACAAAGUUUCAGAGCCAAUUGAAAAGCUGGUGGCACUUCUGAACACCCUUGACAGAUGGAUCGAUGAAACCCCGCCAGUGGAUCAACCUUCUCGCUUUGGGAACAAAGCCUUCAGGACCUGGUAUGCCAAACUAGACCAGGAAGCAGAAAAAUUGGUGGCAACAGUGAUCCCCAAGCAUUUGGCUGACGCUGCACCAGAAGUGGCCGUGUACCUGAAGGAAUCUGUGGGGAACUCCACCCGCAUUGAUUAUGGCACAGGGCACGAAGCUGCGUUUGCAGCCUUUCUCUGCUGCCUCUGCAAAAUCGGUGUGCUCAGAGUGGAUGACCAGAUGGCCAUCGUCUUUAAAGUAUUUAACAGGUACCUAGAAGUGAUGCGAAAACUUCAGAAGACCUACAGGAUGGAACCUGCUGGCAGCCAGGGCGUGUGGGGCUUGGAUGACUUCCAAUUUCUGCCUUUCAUAUGGGGCAGUUCCCAGCUGAUAGACCAUCCAAACCUGGAGCCUCGACACUUUGUUGAUGAGAAGGUGGUAAACGAAAACCAUAAGGACUUCAUGUUCCUGGAGUGCAUCCUCUUCAUUACAGAGAUGAAGACGGGCCCCUUUGCCGAGCACUCCAACCAGCUCUGGAACAUCAGUGCCGUGCCCUCCUGGUCCAAGGUCAACCAGGGCCUCAUCCGCAUGUACAAGGCAGAGUGCCUGGAGAAGUUUCCUGUGAUCCAGCACUUUAAGUUCGGCAGUCUGCUCCCCAUCCAGCCUGUGACAUCCUAAGGAGGCCGCGGGAGGAGUCGAGGCAGCGGAGGCGUAGCGCGACGCGCUUCCUCCUCCCCUCACCCCCUCCUCAUCACCUUGCCCGUUACACACAGCCCAUUCAUUCCUGCACAUCCUCAUCGGCAACCACAGAUCCAAAGCACUCGCCGGCCCUAGGGGACCUGGACCGGCUCCUCCUGCACAUCCUCAGCACGGGGAUGUCUCACAAGCGAUCAAGCCGGGGCUGUGCUUCUCCGCUCUGCUGCGUCCACGGGCAGCGCAACUGCCCUGUACAGCUCUGGGCAUGUGAAUGGGGUUUGAGGAGGGGCUGCCUUGCAGCGAAGGCUCUCUGCUUCCCUUCCCGGGAGGAAGGGGGUGUGGAGGGGAGGAAGGCACGUGUGUAUGUGUUGGGCAGUGGUAACUGCAAUUUCCCUUUUGAAUUUCAUUGAAGUUUCCUGUUGGUGUUUGGUUUGGGAAACCACUGUGAGGGGCGAGGUGUGAGCCUGCACGUGCCUGUAGGCAGCCCCCUCUGCUUGCACGGUGGGGUCUGAAAUGGGUAGAGGAAGUUGUAGGGAAGGUCUGUGGGUUGCUGAAAGCGCAGGGUGCCAUCUCUCCCUUAUUCUGGGUAAGGAAAGCCCCUUCCCUCCUCCCUCCAUCUCUUCUGCAAGGUUCCCUGGGUCUUCCUUUCCUGCCACUGCCUCUUCUCUCGGGUGAAGCUGGGAACCUUCUGGGCUGUGGAGGUCUGAGCUGGUUCUGGAG